AUGUCGAGCCCAACAAAGGAUACUGAUGGUAGCGAUGCUGUUUCCAAGCUCGCAGAGCUGAAGCCCGGCGACAGCAAGCUUCUCAUUCUAGGCAGCAUAUGCAUGGUGGGAAAGAUCGACAGCGAGAAGCUUGCCCGUCUGGCCGGAGUGAAGAAGACAUCGGCCAAUGCCAACUACCACCGUGCUAAGAAGCAUCUUGCCGAGCUUCUCGACGAACAACCUACCAUUGAAGGCGGUGCCGGUUCCAAACAUGGAAUCCCAAAUGCCUCUCCUACCAAGCCUCGUGCUACAAAGCGUCGCAAGACUACCAAACAGGGUGUUUCCGAUGCUGAGAAUUCUGAUGCGCCGAUUAAGCACGACGAGUCUCCUGAGCCAGCUGCAGAUGUUGUUAAGGAAGAGUCCGAUGACUAA